AUGGACGCGUCGGUAACCGACGUCCGUCGCUCCAGUAUCGAGAAGAUGCCCAUUUCUCCAACUCCGCCUUUUGACAGACUCCCCGACGAGAUCAUUGAACAGAUUCUUCAACAAACUGACCCCAACGGCUUUGCGUCUCUUGUGCUCCUGAACCGCAAAUGGAGGGGUGUUUCUCAACGUGCUCAUCUUUAUCGCCAUCAGCUAUCGAGAUGUCCUUCAUAUUCGGCGAGCCAUCCCACAACACCACAAUCGGACGACGCCAAACUCCCCGAGUUGCGACGGCUUUUUGCUCGCGAAGUAAAACGAAACCUCUUCCAGGCAUACCUACGGCCGAGGGAAACGACGUUUAAACUUAUUUCGACCUCAAUCAGCUCUUCAUCAUGUCCCGGUGGCGAGGGUAUGCAAUACAGUGCCUCCCCACAGGGGCACCAUCUUCUGGCAUACAAUUCGGGCAGGAUUUACGUGAUUGACUCAAAAGGGUUGAACCUGGAGGUCAAGAGGGAGUUCAAGAUUCUUCGUCGGCCUGUCGCCGCUUGCAUCAACGACAAAGGCACCCUCUUGGCAGUCUUAUCUACUGAGAUGCAGGUCGACUUGUACGACUUGCAACAAAGCCCACCCCGCCGUUCACGGUCUAUAAUUCUUGACAACACUCCCCGAACGAUUGCUUUAUCGCCAUGCGGUUCUGUUCUGGCUGCUGCUUAUGAAGGUGGCAUCGAGGUAUCGUCUCUAAGGCCUGAUGCGCUGGCCACUGAUCGAAGAGCUGUGAAAUGUGAUGCUGUUGACGCUCUGUCUUUCUCAUUUGAUGGGACUCAAAUUCUCGGAACUACUAUUCAUUCGGCACCACCUAGCACCGUGAUAAUUACAGCUCCAUACUAUGAUCCAGGCCCUCAUAUUUCCGAAGACAACCUGAGCCCCCUAUGGACGACGUCGAUCCUGUUCCCAAACACUAGUCGUGACUGCAGUCAUGCCGUUCUGCUUCAGGAUGGAAGCGAAGAGGAAGCAAGCUGGACUUUUACCUAUGACAGGAGUUUUGAGACCUUCCGAGCUGUUCGAAUUGAUGACCUUCGGAAUGGCACCACUUACUUUACUGGACCGGUACCAAGCGCAUCUCCACAAGCCAGUCUCAUUCCCUCCACACUCCCUUCUACGACAUAUCGGGGUGAACUAGUGUCGGCUGGAUUUCAAGGGAAGGAGGUAUGGAUAUAUGGCAUACCUGAGGACUUGGACGCUGUCCCUGACAAUGUGUCAUCGUCAAGCGAUGGCUCAGCAUCUGGUUUAGGGAGACAAAAUAGUGAUCGGAGUGGUACAUCGCGACGGGCAUCUACGCGGAUCAAUAACCCGGAAGGUGUUAGAGUGCCUAAAUGGCAGAUUUUGUGCGACCAACUAAGAAACACCUUUGUUUCCGGCUUCAAGGUUGCCGAGCAUGGGGAAGUCAAAACAGUGAAAUGGGUUGCGGGGCAUGGUGGCUCAUCUACUCAGGAGCGCCUGGUAAUUGCUGCUAGGGGGGUUGGAGCACCGCGGUUAGUGACUGAGGAGGAAGACAUGGAUUUUGUCGAUGGCGGUCGAGUUACACUCUUGGACUUUGACUACGGCAUCACCAACGGAACCAAGUCAGAGAUCAUCAUUGAGGUCGGCACUGAUAAUCCCGAGGUGCUGGAGGAAGAGCAACGCGAUCUGGCAACCGAGGUCGCCAUUGUGCGACGGCGUACUGUCGCUCAAAGGCGAGGCGGCCGUGGCGGCUCGUCAUUGCUUCGGGCUUCUACAUCUGCUUCUCGACCUCGUGUAGCUCCUGAUGCUGCAGCGAUACCGGCGGUUCCACGAAUGCCGCUAAACGAUGGCCACAACAAUGAUGACGAUGAUCCUCUGCUUCCUCGAAGGAUUGGUCAGCUUCCAUCUCCGCCAGCAAAUCGUCGGGCAGUCGUCGAGCCAGUGAGCCCCAGUGAAGAUGGAGACGCCCCUUCGAUUGAGGAAAUGGAGGCUUUAGAUGCCCCUUAUUCGCAUGCUAGCCCACGAUCCCAGACCACGCUUCGUCGUGCUGCGACCGCUGCCGCCGUCGACAGAUCCCUUCAUCCUCGAACGGCAGAUGGGCGACGUAUUGAGUAUCGCCGUGCUGAUGGCCGAAGAGAGCAUCCACAUGAGAGUGAUGCUGACAAUUGGGUACCUCCUCCUCCACCAUAUCAAAAGGAGGACCCAGGCCCCGAUUUGCCGGCCUUUAUGCGAGGUCCUUCUGUUGCUCCCAUAGGGCUUGGCGGUGCAUCUGUUCCCGCUCCAGCUCCAGUGCCAGCACUGCCAGAUCAUGCUAUAUCCGCCUCUGGUCGUCCCGGGACUGAGGAUCACCGAGGAUCCAGCACCGACUCCAAAGGCGAGCAGCCCGGAAACAAUGUUUCACAGCAAGCCUCUGGUCACCAUCCCCUACAAGAGUGCACCACUAGAGAUCAACUGCAGGCUGGUGUUGCAACCCAAAACAGUGUGAACCAUGUACCCCAGACGGAUGAGGAUGUUGAUCUAUACGACGUGACUCCCCCCCGUUCUCCACAACAGGACGCGCCUCAGCAUGCAGGCGAAACUUCUGAAACUAGGGCACGACAAACAUCAAUAUCAUCUGCUGUGUCAGCUCUUACAUCUAGGGCUGUGACAGUUCCUAUCAACUCCAGGGAGAGGCGGUCACCUUCACCAGUGCAGGCAGAUAUCUCCGCUUACGACCAUUUUGGUCCAGGUACUCGAAUGCCAGCGGUAAAUAUGGAGAGUGUUCCAUCGACCGUUUCUACGGCCCAGGUAGCGCCUAGAGCCAGGCGGCUCUCAAAUGUUCAAACUUGGCCUCGAGUUGCAGACCAUGAGGCUGAACAAAAUGUUGCCUCGGCUGAUGGGUAUCCAUUCCCAAUGUCUGCACCAGCCGAACAGCAGGCCGCAGAUGAAUCGAUUUCAGGCCUACCCCCUCUGCCGAGUUCGAGUCAGCUUGCGAGUCUUAGCAAAAGAGUCAGCCAGGGUAACCCAAGAAGGCUUUCUGGAGGGUUCCAGGUCCCAAGAAGGCCUGUCGGGAGUUUUGAUGGUAGUUCGUACGUAUCAAGCUCCCUGCCCGAUUCAUUAUUGGCAGGGCCAUCCAAUUUCAGUCGCCCAGAACCCGAUCAACCUCUUAUAAUUAGCACUCCUAAGGGUGUAUCGGGUGCUUUCGACUCGCCAAGCCGGCAAGUAUCUGGGCGAAGAAAUGAGACUCCUCUAUUGGCCCCGAUCCCACGGCACCCACGGCCGGUACCUGGCUCGAACCAGAGGCCGACUGUUGAGCGACUUGAAACUAUCUACAGUAUUGCCUCGAGUCACGGAGGCAACCCGGCUGCCACCGUUCCACUGCCCAACCAGCAGGUGCCGGCAUGGCUGCAUGCUCCUCCAGUGCCAGUAACUAGGACAUCACCAACAGUUAAUCGCCGGCCAAGUCGUGCUGAGCGAAGCGCUGCUAAGAACAUCAAAGAUGCCAAAAAACGUGGUUGGUCAGCCAAACCUAAAAAGAAGAAGAAGGCUGCAGAUGCUGCAAGCAGUGCAGGUUGGACAGACAUAUCGACUGGCUCUGGAGAGAAGGAAAAGGAGAAAGAGAAGGACAAGAAGUGUAUCGUCAUGUGA